ACCAAAGGAUUGAUAGUGCACAGUACAACAAAGGCUACCCCAUUUCCCGUUUAGCAAAGCGUACACGUGGGAUGGGGUAUCGUGUUGUCGUAGGUUGUCAUUCGCUCCUUGUUUCCUACCGAACCAUGCAACAUGGAAACUUACAGGGGGGAACUACUACAACUAUCUACUCAUCACCUAACUUAGGAGGGGAGAAUUCAACACGAAUCGUUCUUUGUCCCAGUCUGAGACUCCCCCUUUUAGUUCGAUGCGCUUUCUACUGCCUGCAAUAAAAAAGGCCAGAGACCCACCUACCGCAGCUAACGGGCAAUCGGGCACGUUGCAAAAAAAAAAAAGGUGCUGAAAAGUAGUGCAAGGGGAAUGUCAAGUUUAUCAUUUCGCGAUGGUGCUACCCCGCCAAAAAAAUUCGGAACACAGCACAGCAGUGCCAACCAAACGCCAGGUCGGAUGCUUAUCGAUCCAACAAUUUCAACAGCGGCGGUCACGGUAGGCCAGCAUUCCCGGGCCGGCACCGCAGGCGGCACCAAACGUACGCUGACCGUGCAGUGCAAUGGACGCGUUUCCGAUCACGAGCGAAGAUCCGGAUGUGCGCCAACAGUUUGCGGAAAACAUCUUCCAAAUAUUGCGCCCACUGUCUGCGCUCGAGAUGCCACGUGGCAACCGGCCGACCGAUGGCGAUUCGUCCGAGUGUAGUGCCCUGUCCGAUCCGUUCUCCGAUCUGGAUGAAUCGUACAUACUGUUGGAUCAGCGCAAGAAGAAACCCGGCGUGGAUGAGACGGAUGAGCUGCUGCUAAUGAAUCAAUUUACACCCGAGUUCCGGUGCGCUUACGAUGAGCUGAUGGCGACGGGCGAGAACCGGCACCGGAAGCAGGCGAAGGAAACGGGACCCGAACCGGCGGGCACGUCGAGCGGUUCCGGUUGUGCCGCCUGUCCGGUGGAUCUGCAAACGGCCACCGAUUUCAGCCCCAAGUUCCGGUCGUUUAUCGACGAGAUGCUGCGCAAGUGUGACCUGCAGCACCAUCAGGAGGAGAAGAAACGGCGCGAACAGCAGCAGGCGCUGCAGCAGCGUAAGAAGGGGCGCGUGCGGGCGAUCGUGUCGGAGGAAUCGUUCUGCGGGCUGGAGACGGACUCGAUGUCGGGGAUGUGGCGUAUGCUGGACGCAAUGUCGGAGAAUGAGCGCGAGCUCUUCCCGACGUCCGGCCCCCACUACGAUCUGUACUACGAUCGGCGGUUCGAUUGGAUGACGCGGGACGAGAUACCGUGGGAGCAGAUUGAAACGUCCAAGAAGAAGUGCGAACAGUGGCUAAAGAUACCGGGCCAGAUGGAGCAGAACGAUGGUGCGAAAGCGAAACAGAACCAAUAGCAAGGGAGGUGCAGCGGAGGUUUUCGAAACGUUUUGUACUUUGUAGUGUGUUUUUUUUUUAAAUAAAUUGCGUGUUUUUCAAAAAUUUUGAGCUUCAUGUUUACAGGUUUUGGAAGGUUUUAUGUAUGCAGUAAUGUUGCAUGCAUAGGGUGUAGUUCGAGCCAAAACGGAAGCAAAGCAGACGUCUACUUCCUGUCGUAAGAAUCACACCACAAGAUCGUCGUAGCACUCUCCCAUGGUUCUGCACAGCAAAACGUCGCAGAAUACAUUUUAUGCUGAGAUUGCAUAAAAUGUGUCAUGCCCCAUGGGACAGCGAUCACCAGCAUCUACCCGAAGAUAUCAUCAGUGUUAACAACCGAAAGAGCAUCAGUGCGGUAGGCUUAGGCCCAAGUCAAUUAGGACUAGGGAGUUCAUUAAAAGAAAUUAUUAAAUAAGAACUCAUGAUUUUUUCAAUUAAUUAAAAUGAAGUCAAAUAUGAUACCAAA